CGUCACAAAUAUGACGUAUUUGCCAGGUCGGCUUACCCGUGACAAUUCAUUCACAAUUGUAGAUCGUUUACUAAAAUCCCCCAAGAUUCAGCUCGUCACAGAUCAUGGCGGCGACCGCAUUUAUCAGGUCGUCACACGGGUUGCAGCUCAUGACGGGUCACAAGACCUGUUCACAGACCAAGGCGUACUUGAGGUCGCCCUAUUUAACAGCACCACCCGUGUUGCCUCAAAAAUCUCAGGUCGCACUGCGGGCGAGGCCGCGUUGCCUCAGCUCGCGAUCAUGGCAACAGAGCAUCAUCUGGUCGCACUUCGAAAAUAAUCAAGGGGCAAGUCACCAUAUGCCCUCCGGCGCUCACGUUAACGCGGACGAGCUCGCUGGAAAUGGUGUUAUGUACAUGGCCGCUCUCUGUACGAGCUCAUCUGUGGUGAACCAUUUCAGCUUGCCACCAUAACAAGCCCACACUGGUGUGGCUAUCCAUUUCAGCUCGCCUCCACAUUUUCAGGCUCGCGAGCUCGCCUCUUUUCGUAUUACCUUUCAGCUCGGCCAUCAUCGAGGUCGGCCGUAAGCUGUUAAG